CGGACGUAUAAAAUGCUUGAGGGUAGGCUCCUGAGGCCGCAUCAUCACUCAUAACAUCUCCAAGACUCCACCUGCCUGAUCAAUUCCCGAUUCGCCAGCCGCGAUCUACACUACCUGAAAUUCUACAUACUGUAUUUUCUUUGACCCACAAGGCCACAAGGACACCACGUACACCAUCAUCAUCAGAGAGCAUCACACCGCAUAGGCAACGAUACAUCCUACGCACUCCAAGCCAACAUAACCCUGACUAAGGGACCUACAAAGAGCUCGUCUAUCGAACGUCUUCAAAGAUAUCAGCCGAGAUCAUCUCCUCUCAAGCAAAGACAACUCCGAAGCAGUACUUUCAACAUCAUACACUUCGCUUUAACAUGUCAUCCAGUGCGUCUAACUCAAACGCACCGCAAUCACAAUCGCCCUCCAAGGGAAAACCCGAUCAGCUAGAAGCAGAGGCGAGGCAUUCAUACGAAUCUGAAGACUCAAUUGCUCUCCAGAAAGCAAGAGCAUCAUCCUCCUCCCCCAAAGAGAAAUCUGGCAUCAUAUCCGCCCUCGAUAAAGCACGACGUAAGCUCUCGAUCUCGAGUAGUAGCAAGGGCGAGGAAAUUCCCUCGUCCGAGGCCGAAUUUGAGCACCUAAAGGAAAAGAAGAAGGAGAAGGAGCGGUGUAAGGCCGAGUAUGAGCGGUUGGGACUGAAAGAUAAAGUCAAGUUUGGGCAGGGAGGGAUGCAGAUGGGCAAUUAGAGAGAGUAAAAGGGACGGCUCCCCUCCUGCCUCCAGCAUUUUGCCCGCCAUUCGUUUUUUCUUUCAUUUCCAGCUUGAGCUGAGCUUUUACGAUUUCUGUUCAUGCUAUGGAUCACGAAGUUGUUUCCUUUAAUGUUUUCCUUGCAUCAAACCGACGCCGGUCUUUUGAUCCUUCUUUUGUUUUUAGCUUGAGCUAACGCUUGAGAUAAUGCUCUUGGUUAUGCUGUUUCCGCCGUGGACAAGGCCUUUUCUUUCAGUAAAUGUGUUCGUUCGAUUGGCAAGGGAGCAUUGAACAUACAAAAGCUUGCUGGUUGCUAUCGCUAAUGCGUUGAGGUAUCUAUCCCCGCAUACUUCUAAUGCCAUACUUUAUGUAUCUCUACUUCUCCUCAAGCAACC